AUGUUUCAGUGCAGUUCCCCCGCUAUGUUGCUGACGUCGUUCAUACUUCUGACACUCGUGAAUUUCGCUCAAACUAUCGGCCGCACUCAGUCGACAGCCGUCGAGGGUGUUCUGAUGUGUGAAGACAAGCCAGCUCGGAAUGUUCUGGUCAAACUUUUUGAGCAUGAUACUAUAACACCAGACGAACUCAUGGACUCGGCUGAGUCUGAGCAGCGCACGGUGAAGUUCAAACUGGUGGCCAUUGCUGAUGAGAUUGGCGCCAUCGAGCCGAAGUUGAAUAUUUACCACGACUGUGAUGACGGCAUAAAGCCCUGUCAACGGAAGCUAACGAUAUUCGUUCCAUCGCAAUACAUCACGGACGCCAAACAACCGUCGAAGACGUUCAACAUAGGAAUUUUGCAGCUGGCCGGGAAAUUCGAAGGAGAAGAGAGAGAUUGUUUGCACGCAUAG